AUGAAAAAUAGCAACCUUCAGAAGACUCUUGUUGUAAACCUCAUUCACAUAGAUGAAAAUGUACCAGAGUUUCCUAAUGCAACGUUCUUUGCAUACGUAUUUGAGAAUGCUACAAAAUCAACCAUAGUGUUUAGUUUUAAGGAUGAAGAUCACAAACCAGUCGAUAAAGAUUGUCCAGCAGAUAAGUCAUUUAACUAUUUUACACAGAAUAACGAGGUAACAGACAUUUUUGACUUUGUGACCGGUACAAGCGGUGAUGUCGUUCUAAAGGAAAUUUUGGAUUAUGAGAAGCUCACAGAUCAUACCUUUAACAUUACAGUAGCAGCACAAACAGUAAUCAAUGCCGCUCUUGGAUCUAUUGGUUAUACUACUUUGAUAAUUAUUGUCGAAGAUGUGGAUGACAAUGAUCCUCAAUUUGAACAUCUAGAAUACGACCUUGACAUUCUUGAAGAGACAAUAUCGACCACGCCCAUAUUCGGUAAACCAAUCAUACGAGCUUUUGACAGAGACAAGGGCGUUAACCAAACCAUCCUGUAUUCCUUUGAAGAUUACAAGAAUACGUCAGACUUUCUGAAAAUUAGCCCAACAGAUGCAACAUUCACCGUCAUCAACAUGGUUGACAGGGAAAGAAACUCAUCAUAUAUCAUGACAUUAUGGUGUUUCCAGUCUGAUAAUCGGGAAAAGAAAGCGUCUGCCAAACUGAAUAUCCACGUGCAUGAUAUUAACGACAAUUUACCUAUUUUCGACCCUGUAACAUACAACGUCACCCUGGUAGAAAACGCCGUUGGUUACGUCACUACCGUCACUGCAACAGAUCUAGACUUUGGUGACAAUGCCGAGAUAUUUUAUGAGAUGGUGGAUCCAAAACAAUUAGAUAUAAACCCAAACAGCGGUAUUGUUACCGUGAGACCACAGUCCGACCUCGACAGAGAAGACUCGCCUGUUAUCACUGCGCUGAUUAAAGCAAAGGACAAAGACGGUAAUUAUUCCACUACAACAGCAACUGUUUCUCUAACACUACUAGACGUGAACGACAACAGUCCACAGUUUGUAGAAGAAUUCUUUGUUUUCCAUGUAAACACUACAGGUGACGGUGACGUCGUUGGUCGGGUAAACGCAACAGAUGCAGACGGACAAAACACGCCAAAUGCUAAUGUAACAUACGAUAUUCAAGCUGCAGACGUGCCUUUCGUAAUAGAUACACAUACCGGAAUGUUGGCUAUACAUGGGGCAUUUGAUCGGCAGAAAGAUUACGCAUUUUUUGUCAUUGCAUGUGAUAACCCCGAUAAAGAAAAUGACAGACGAUGCAGUAUUGGUAAUGUCGCGGUAUUGUAUGGAAAGAAUAUUUCAUUUGAUUCAUACAACAUAGAGCUGUCCGUUUUAGAAAAUAUGCCUAUUGGAACUAUGUUUGGAGAAGUGUUGCCGAUAUAUGGUGAUAGCUAUGUAUGUUCAUUGGAUGACUUCACUGUUGACGUUCAGAGCGUACUGAUGAAAACAAACACUUUGUUGGACAGAGAAUCUAACCAAACAUACGAGGGUUACAUUGAGGUCUACCAGUAUAAUCAGCCUAUAGGGAAUAUUUCAUUUACAAUACAUGUUCAAGAUGACAACGACAAUGCUCCUAGAUUCACUCAGGAAGAAUACUUCUUCAGUAUCUCUGCAGACUUUAAUAAUGAACAUCUAGUAGGAAAACUUAACGCAACUGAUGAAGACAUUCAAGAAAAUGCUAAUUUAACGUUCAGCUUCCAGCAAAGGUUUAUUGAUUUAUUUACUAUUGAUGUCAACACCGGCGAGGUCAUUAAAAGUGACCAAUGGAAGGAGGACACCGUCGUCAAAAAUUCUCUAUAUCAGUUGAUAGCUGUUGUUGAAGACCGGGGUACGCCGUCCUUAAGGUCGGUCGUUCCUGUUUACAUAUCUUCAAUGGAAGUAGGUUUAGACUUCUCUGUUGGCAUUCCAACUACUCUGUCAAAAGAUACACUAAUGGAAGCUAACACAAAAGAAGCCAUAGAAAGGAAACUUGCAGAAAUUCUUGGUUUUGAUACAGUUACAAUUACAGAUGUCGUCGAAGCUACCUCUUUGGUGUAUAUAAAAGCAUCCGUAAACGAAACUGAUGUUACGGCAAUAGAUCUGCAAAGGUCUUUGGUCAAUAACUGGUCUCCAAUCCAGAACAUGUUCCGCCAGUAUAUGGUACCCUUGGUUGAAAUAUUUCACUCCGACAAUGGCUUAUCCACGGCAGAAAUAGCACUUAUUGCUAUGUCUAUUGUUUUGUUCUUCGGUGGUAUCGUCGCUAUUAUCGUCAUUACUAGACAGUGGGAUGCGCAUAUAAAGAGCACGCGACUUUAUGAUUCUCUACGUCGUCCGAGCAACAUGUACGACUCCCAAGAACUGCGAAUGGACUUCAGUGAAGAGGAACUACCCAGCAGAUUUAGUACCUUUAAAGGACCGGGUAAAAGAAAUGAAGAUAUAACAAUGGACGGAAGUUUUGGUCUUGGUUUCGCUAAUGCUGCUUUCAACGCUGAUGGCGAGGAACUAAAUACUCCAACAACUCCAACCUGGAGCUGCAACGAUACUCCAAGAAUACCGAGAUGGAGCACAAGCGACUCUUUAAAAGACGCUAUGGCGAGUCUAGAGGAGUUGACCAAUAGAUUGAAUAAUGAAGAUAAUAUAUCAAGAGUAUCAAAUAUGUCCCGUGGCCGAAGGUCAGUUAAAUCAACCAAGAGUGAUCCUCAGACUCCAAGAUCUGAAGUUCAUCCAGAAACGCAUAUUAAAGAUGGAAGAACGGUUCCUGGAUAUGAAAACCUUGUUUUAAACUCAGCAACAGCUAAAGAUUAUGAAGAUCUGAAUCUUGGAGAGAGGACAGUAAACGGGGAACAUACCAGUCGCGGAUAUUCUGAAAGUGAAAAAUCUGCGUCUGAAAGAAUACAAGAGAUAAUAGAAAAUAAUGUUAUAUCUGAUGGUUUUGAAAAUACAGAUAUUGAUAAACUUGUUAACGAUGACCUUAUAGAAGAAGAGAGUACAGCUUUCUGAAAUGUAGAAGCAUUGACUUUCAAAUGGUGCUAUAUACAUGUAUGUUGUGCCUAGAUGUAUUUUUUAUUUUUUAAUAAACGUUCCUUUGCUUGACGGACUGCUAACUUUAUAUGUUUUGAGAUUAAUGCAGGUGUUCUUUCAAAAGAGGACUUUGAUUUGGCGGGAAAAGGUGUUUCUGGAAGAUGCAGUAGAACACAUGUACAUAUGUGAAGCAACCUCUUAAAACAAGCAUCAUUUAUUUCUCUACACAAUGUGUAAAGCAUGGUAAUGCAUUAAAUUAAUAUGCGGAACGAUUUUACAAUGACAAGUUUUUAUUUGAAAGUAGUCGGAAGACGCUGGACGUCUUGGAAUGUUUUUAGGUCUAAAAAUAGAACCAUGGCGUGUAGAUAAUCUCUAUUUUUUAUUCUAUAUACUGUUGAAUAAUAUGAUCGUCUGACGAACGUGUUGACAGAAAAUGAGCUUUUAUUGUUUUGUUACGUAGGACUAUAUAAUAUGUAUUUUAAGUAAAACACGUUUAAAUACUAAUGUUAUAUAUUGCCAAUAUCGCAUUGUGCAAAUAUCAUAUCCAUCAUUGCAAAUAUACAAAUUGCAGAUUUGACAUAGCCUGGGUUUCAGGCUUGAUAUUUUUGGCUUAUUCAUAUCAUAGGCGCUAUUGCGUUAUUUCCUACGUGCAUGACACAGUUUCUGAUAGCACCUAUUACCGAAAAAUAUCGACAGACUGGAAUCCAGGCUAGACAUAACUAAUAGAGCAAAUUUCCAAACUGUUUCUGUAUAUAAUCUUAAGAAUAUUUAAAUAAAAUAGUUAUACAGUUUUUUGAAAUAUUUAUAGCUCUUGUUUAUUUGCUAGUUAUAGACUCUGUGCCUUUUAACUUCAAACAUAAUUGUUGUUAUAUACAUUCUAUUUUUAAAGUGAAUUGGUCUAUAUAUCAGAACAUAAUUAUGUUGAUAUUAUUCAGUAUCAGACGUGAGCACGAACCACGAAAAAGAUAAAUAUGGAUGUAACUAGUAAGUGUUAAAUACAUGAUCCGAUACGACAUAUCACUAUAUUUCGCAGAUAAUAAAGGGUUCUAGAACAAAAUAUUAUUAUUCAUCAUUUAAAAGUUCAUACUAAAGCACUUGAGAAAUCUUUCAAUAUUUUGUUAUCCGGAAAUAUUUUAUAAGAAUAUCCAAAAGAUACAUAUUUGUUGGUUUUUUUUGUUUUUUUUUAUCAAUAUUUGACAUAAUUAUGGAAAAUGUGUCCACUGUAGACCAAUACACUUUAAAUUAUCAGAAAUGUAACUGGUCCAAAAGAAUAGUGAUAAUAUCAGAACUCUGCUAUAACAUCGUUAUGUCCUAUAAUUCUUUAAUCAUUUGUAACUAGUACUAAUUACUAUAAUUGUCAUUACUUUUUUAUUUUACGAAUGGCAUUAAUCAGAAAUAAAAUUGAACGAAC